UCUGUCUUGCCUGAACACAUUUACUCCUCUUGUCAUACCGCUCCCAUCUCUUGAACCUCAUGAACCUAAUUUCCACAUGUGUGCUCCCUUCCGGUUGGAGAUUGCAGAGUGCACUUUUGCUCCAGUCGCAAUGGAGGACAGUGACCACGAGGCUCACUCUUCAUCAGAGGAGCAUAACUCCUGCCCUGCCUCCCCUAAUCACAGCAGGGACCAUGAUCCUGAACAGCAUUCAAGCCAUUCAGACGACUCAGAGGUGGAGAACAUUAUGCAAGACCCUCACCACCAAGGAGGGCAUGGCCACCAUGACCACACGCACCACCACCAUCAUGAGCCUCAUGAUGCAGACAGGGAAGCUGAGGGCGAAGACCGCCCCCAUACCCCAUCAUAUUUGCGUCACCCUGUGGCAGGCAGGGCGCAGUCGGAUUCAGGUUCAGAGCCAAGUUUACCGGUGAAAAAAAGUGUGGAGUUUGACUUGCCGUGCCCCACCAGUCCCACCAGUCCCACCAGGCCCAAGAGUCCCUGGGCUCGAUUUGACCCGUACGAGAAUAAUAAGGACCAGGACAAGGAAUACGUGGGUUUUGCGACGCUGCCAAACCAGGUGCACCGCAAGUCAGUGAAGAAGGGAUUUGACUUCACGCUCAUGGUGGCAGGGGAGUCUGGCCUGGGAAAGUCCACCCUGGUCAACAGUCUCUUUCUCACAGAUCUUUACAAAGAUAGGAAGUUGCUCAAUGCUGAAGAGCGAAUCACACAGACGGUAGAAAUCACUAAACACACAGUGGAUAUAGAAGAGAAAGGUGUCAAACUGAAGCUCACCAUCGUGGACACGCCAGGGUUUGGGGAUGCUGUAAACAACACUGAAUGCUGGAAGUCAGUGGCCGACUACAUCGACCAGCAGUUUGAGCAGUACUUCAGGGAUGAGAGUGGCCUCAACCGCAAGAACAUCCAGGACAACCGUGUGCACUGCUGCCUCUAUUUCAUCUCGCCCUUUGGUCAUGGGCUCCGGCCUUUGGAUGUGGAAUUUAUGAAAGCUCUACAUGAGAAGGUUAACAUCGUCCCCAUCUUGGCCAAAGCAGACACACUCACCCCUAGUGAGGUCAAGAAAAAGAAACUCAAGAUCCGAGAGGAGAUUGAGCAGUAUGGUAUCAAGAUAUACCAGUUCCCCGACUGUGACUCUGACGAAGAUGAGGACUUUAAGCAGCAGGACCAUCAGCUGAAGGAAAGCAUUCCCUUCGCAGUGAUUGGCAGCAACACUGUUGUGGAGGCCAAAGGAAAGAGGGUGCGAGGUCGUCUCUAUCCCUGGGGCAUCGUAGAGGUGGAGAACUCUGCACACUGUGACUUCGUGAAGCUGAGGAACAUGCUCGUUCGCACACAUAUGCAAGAUCUGAAGGACGUGACCCGGGAGACUCACUACGAGAACUACAGAGCCCAUUGCAUCCAGAGCAUGACCCGCAUGGUGGUGAAGGAACGCAACCGCAAUAAACUCACCAGAGAGAGCGGCACAGACUUUCCCAUCCCUGUGGUGCCCGGAGUGGCGGACGAGACAGAAAAGCUCAUCCGAGAGAAAGAUGAGGAGUUGCGGCGGAUGCAGAAGAUGCUGCAGAGGAUCCAGGAUCAAAUGCACAAUCAGAAAGAAGGCUAUUAACACAGGACAGCACCGUGUCUCUCUGUAACUGGGAUUAAAAGAAGAAAAAACACCCAGGAAACCUUUAUUCCUCUCUAGAACAUUGACAUCCCUCUGUGUCCACCUAACCACCACUCAACCUCAUCAACAGCACGUUACACUUGGAUCAGGGAGGAGGUGGUAAGAUGUUGUGACGCAGCUUCCCUUUAUCCUCUCUGACAUUACCACUGCUGCAGACACUCGGCCGUCCACUCCUCUGUUUUCUGUUCUGUCAUCACUUCAUUUUAAAAACAGAUUAGUUGUUUGUUUGAAUAACCUUUAAUGGUAAGGAGGGUGGAAUAGCAGCGUAUGUUGCGAUCUGAUUUUUCAAAUAUUUUGUGACUUUAUUUAGCCACAUGAUCACAGGGUUGUUUUGUUUUUAUUUUAUUUUUUUACAUGAGGUCUUUUUUUUUUAUGCACACUUUUCUGGUGCAAGUGUUCUAUUUUUAUUAUCUCUAUAGGUCAACAUGCAUACUGUUAAUAAUGUAAUUUUCUAUAUUACACUCAUUAACAUUUGUUCUACUGUUUUUCAUCUGUUAUGAGUUCCUGGUUUUAUUUGAACUUCACUGCUUGACAUUAUGUAUGGUUGAUAGUUGUAUGUGGAUUUAUCUUCAGCCGAGGUUCCCGCUUAAUGCGAGGAUUGUGGAGCUUCAUCUACAGUUUGUUUUAUCAGUGUCUGCAUGUUUAUCAUACUUGCCACCUCUGCUGCCUGGCAUCAUGGAUGCUCAAUGUUGGCCAGUCUUAACUCACAGCAAUGCUUACUGAUCGCCAUAUCAACGUUUAGAAUAUUCUCACUUUUUACAUGACAAAGUUGUUAUUAUUAUUUGGUGAACUCCCCCAACACAAACAGAGUUGUUUCAAAGUUAGUUCCUCGUGGCUAAUCCACCAACAACUUUGAGAAGACGAGACUCUCUGAUCUGCAUGAGGUGAGCGUCCAAGAAAAAGGGCCAUGCAGUGUAUUUAUUUUUGCAUGUGUUGUGUGAAGGUUUCUCUGAUUUGCAGAUCAAUUUAGUGAUCACAAGGUUAUUUAUGGGCAAUGAAAAAAUGUAUCUAACUGUUGGGGAAAAUAUAUUGAGAGGAAGUGGAUUUUUUUAUUUUAUUUUGGUAUAAUUAUGUCCUUAAGGGAUCUCAUGUGUUGGAUGUGUUCUAACCUUAAUGUUUAUCUUAUAACCAAAGCCAACAAAGACAAACUUAGAUUUGUUUCAAAGUGUGAAUUUUGUUUUGUAUUGACAACAAGAAUAUGACUUAUCAAAGAGUAAUGAACAACAUUAUCGGAUGAACUUGAUUCUCUUGCUAAUUGUUUCUGUUUCAAGUAGAAACCUUUUUUUUUUUUUGGAAAUUAGACGACUGCCACGUUGUGUGACCUUUAUGUAACAUUCCUCAAGCUUCUGUCCCAGAGUCAUGUGUUGCUUUUGUUUCUGAAUUUGUUUUAUAAUAAAUUUGUCUUUUGUUAUUCUACCUUUUGGAGUAUAUUUAUGUAAUACAUUUAUAAAUGAAAUGCGGAUGGAGAAGACCAUAUGUACACAUUCUAAUAUUGUAAUAAAAUAUGAAUAUAAUUUCAUAUCUCCAUUAGACAUUGGGUUUUGCUUUUAUGUUGUGAAAAUGUAAGCAGAAUUGAAUAUGGCUUGAUUUUAAUAAAUGAGUUUACCUGUAA